CCUGGACACGACAAAGACGGGCGCUUGAGUUUUUGCACCUGGCAGUUGAGGAUGCGCGGAUAGCGCAGAAGAUCGCGACCGGUCAGAACAGCGCGGACGCAGUACUGAGAUAGAGGCGGUCGCUCGUGGUGAGAGUCGUGUUGAACAGGAGCCAAAAAGGGCGCUGGCGGUCGAGCCUGAGGAGAGAGACGCUCGACGGCGCACCAAAUCGUCGCGGGCCUUGGCAUGCUUGUACCUACUGCCCCGUGCUUAACCGCGACCAAGUCGGCAAGGACGACCCUGCCCUCUGACCCUGGCUUGGCUACAUCCAUCUGCGCUUCGUAAAUUAGUGAAUGCGUUUGUUCUCUCACUGUCGCCUUAACAACCCCGCGUGUAUUCGUCUGUCGCAUCACUUCUGGUACCCUGAUACGCCUGCAUCAAUAGGCAUCUAUACAUUUGCGCACCAUGAAUCGUUACGGCCGCGCCGGCUUCGUGGGAGGCGCAUCGUCGUCCAAUCGAGCAUCAGCAAACACCGUUUGCCAGAAGUGUUUGAAGAAGGGUCAUUACAGCUAUGACUGCAAGGCGCAAGCCCAAGAACGACCUUACAUCUCGCGUCCAAGUCGCAGUCAGCAACUCCUAAACCCCAAGCUCAAACCAAAACUCGCCAAUAUUGCGCCGACUCCAUCUGAAUCAGAAAACUUAAGCGCAAUCCAAAAGCCCUCCAAAGAAGCCUCACCAAGGCCGCGCAAACGCUCGUUAAACGACAUGGAUGGCCAAAGAUCUUCGCGCAAGCGCUCGCGCUCGCGCUCCGUAUCCUCUUUCUCGUCGGAUUCUGUUUCUACCAUCUCAACUCGCUCGCCCUCCCCGGAUAGAUCCAGGCCAAACAGACCUGUCGCAAGGCAAGAACGAGAUGUAUCAGCAAGAGGGGGUGCCGGAGACAAGAGAAGGCGCCCUUCCAGCUCAGCUUCGUCACCAGAUCACAUGCAAGAGAGCCAGAAUCGAAACACUCGUAUGCGCAGAAGCUCAAGAAGUCCUUCUGAGCGUGGAAGAAGACGAGGCCGAUCAGCAAAUUCAGAAAGACGGAUGCGGUCCGCCUCCGUCAAGGACACCCGUGGCCUAACACCAGCUAGAAGACCAGACGCCGAUGGUAGACCGACGGUGGGCCAGCAGCAUACAGAUCUAGAGCGUGCCGACCAUUCACGAGAUCAAGACCGCGAGAUGAAGGAUGUGCCUAGUGGGGAAAGUCGAACCAGGUCCUUGAGUCCUUUCAGCAAAAGGGUUGCUUUGACACAGUCCAUGAACAGAUGA